CUCCUCCACCGUCGUCGUGCGCUUCAUUGCAAAGUGAACACCGAUGGGGUGAACGCUACCUGCUCCAGCCAUGCUCCGCGUCCCUGGACCCCCAUACGUCCUCGCCGGUCUCCUGCUGGCCACCCUCUUGGACGCAUCUGUACUACAGCUUGACGACGUUCUCCUUCUGGCUGAUGAAGAGAAUCCCAAAUGUUUCACUCGAACAACUGAAGACCUGACGUGCUUCUGGGAAGGCAGCCUCAACGCCUCCUACGACUUCUAUUACCAGUGUGAUGAGUACUCGGUGAAGAAAUGCAUUCUGAGCAAGCAGAGCCUUGGCCCCCACAGCACACUUCACGUCUGCUCCUUCCCUAAAGAUGAUGUCUUUGCAUACACAGAAAUAGAAGUGACCGUGUGGGAAACUGGAGCUGAUGAGCCCAUCUACAAGCGGACACUGAGCGUCGAAGAUGUGGUGCUGCCACCGCCUCCUGCUGACGUCUCGGUGUCCGAAGUGAACAAGCCAAGCCAACUUCAAGUGACCUGGAGGCCACCGGAAGGCCAUAUGUUUUACGAUUCCAUGAUCUAUGAUGUUCAAUACAUCUUGAAGGAUUCUCAAGUCAGCCACAUUUUGACUCCCCAGGAGUUGUUCUUCUAUGACCUUCUGGACCUGGUUGGUGGAGAAGUGUAUGUCGUCCAUGUUCGCACCAAAUGUAACGGGGACAUAUAUUCCGGUUUCUGGAGUGCCUGGUCUGAGGCUGUCACUGCUGUGGCCCCAGAGACCUCAGAGCAGAUCAACUUGCGCUGCUUCACCCGCGAUUUUAACCAUAUCACCUGCAAUUGGACUGCCAUGGAGGACAAGGGCGUCUCCUACGGACUUUUCUUCCAGUCAAGGCAAGGAUCAUGGGAGCCGUGCAAACACAACGCCCCGCUGCGUGACAGCGUCCAGUGGAGCUGUACGUUUGAGAACCCCGACACCAGAGACAUUACGGUCAAGGUGAGCAAGAGUCCCGUGCAGGAGCUGCAGCUCAAGCACACCUUCUGCAAGGAGCCUUUCAAGGUCCAGCACAUCGUUCAGACUGAGCCCCCAUCGGACCUGAAAGGAGACGUGGUGGACGGGAAGCUGCACCUGACCUGGAGAGCGCCAAACGUCAGCUUUCUUGAUGAGAUGCGCUACGAAAUCCGGUACUCGAUGGAGAACGACACUGGGUGGAAGCAAAUCACUCUGGCGGGUCCCGAGGCCAGCACCCAGAUGGACGUGCGAGUCAGAAGCCAUUAUUAUAUCCAGGUGAGGGCCAAGCCGGAUGGCCCGAAGCAUCGAGGAUACUGGAGUGAGUGGUCCGACGUGUACAUCGCUGACUUCCCCUCCAGUUUCGUGACCGUCCUCGCUGUCUGUAUCUCCCUGGCUCUGGUGCUAUCGGCGGCCGUGGGGAUUGCGACUUCAGGAAGGCUGAUUCGAAAGAUUAAAGAACACCUAUGGCCUCCUGUACCCAACCUGAGCAGAGUGCUGGAAGAUUUCUUUACAGAGAUGAACAAGCAGUGCCAGCUCAUGCAGCCAUUCAAUGAAAAAUAUUGUGAGGAUAUCCUCCCGUCCCUCAUUGAGAUCGUGUCAGAAAAGGAGACUAAACCCUCUGCAGCGGUUCUGCCAGAUGAAUCCAGCAGCAGCUCCGUACACGUGACAGAGUAUGACCAGCCGGCAAGAUCUGCAGGAAAGUCUGGCAUUGAAAGUACUGGGCGUGAUUACAUAAUCUUGGACCCCGCCUGCUCCAUCAAGGCUCACCAAGCAAUCCAGGAGGCCAUGCCCUGUCUUGCAGAAACCCGCCAUGCUUCCUACCUGUGCAAACCAUCCAUCCAGACCCAGCUGCGGCUUCUGCUGGACACAUCAGCACCCAGUUACAGUCAACUCUCUGGCACCAUGGAGGUCUUUACACCGGUAUCUGCGCUGGGCAUCUCUCAAACGGAUAUUUGUAACCACUCUUACUUGGCAUAUGCCAAUGCCGAAACAAAGGUCCUAGUCGAGCUGGAGGUCGGCAGGAAGCUGAACCAGUAUGCAAAUCUCGAUCGACUUUAGUGGUCCGUGCCAAAGUAGAGUUUGCAAUACCUCAGAUGUCUUUAUACAGUUACAUGUGCAUGCUUAGCAGAUGCUUUAAUCCAAAGUGACUUACAAAUGAGGUCACCAUUAUCAAGUAACAUCAGUCUGGGGGCUGUUUGGGAACAAGUGUGACAAAAUUGAACAUCACAAGUGAAAAGCUCAAAACAAAAUACAAGCGAGUUACAAGGCCCAGAUUUGCAAAACCUAAAAGCUACGUUAGACAGAAAGUGGACAAAACAUGACACUUCUUGAACACAUUGAGGGAAUCAGAGUUUUGAUAGGAGGUGGGCAGCUCGUUCCACCACAUGAAGAGUCUGGACUGAGAUUUGAUACCACGCAGAGGUGCCAUCACCAGACGCUGUUCAUCAGUAGACCCCAGUGAUAAAGGAGCACCUACCUUCACGAGAGUCUCCAUAUACAUCAAUUUAAUAUGUGCAGCUACAUGUAGUCAAUGUUGUGAUCUGAGGAGAGGUUGGCCACGUGGCUACCUUGGCUGGUUGAACACCAGAAGUGCUGCUGUAUUUUGGGCCAUCUGCAGUGGCUUGGCGACACAUGUUGCCAGCAGAGAGUUACUGUUGCCCAGACAUGACAAGACCAAAGCCUGGCCCAGCAGUCACAUACGGUCUGAUCUUGCAGAUAUCGUACAGGGUGACUCUGUGAGACCAAGAGACCGUAGCAACAUGGUCAUUGAAGGAAAGCUGGUCAUCAAACACCACCACAAGUAGGUGUUAAUGAGAACGAACCAAGCUGAACAGAGAUGGGGUAACAAGAAGUUCCAUCUUUACCAGGUUGAGAUGGAGGUGGUGUUCCUUCAUCAAGGUUGCAAUAUCAGCGAGACCUGAUAGCGUGUGGUCCUCUGGAGCGGAACCACAGGUACAACUGCUUAUCAUCAGAAUAACACAGAUAAGAAAAACCAUGGGACUGGAUGACAAGGCUUAGUGAAGAGGUGUAUCAGGGAGAUGGCCCAAGUCCCAUGCUUUCCUGGUGCACCCUUGACAGCUCUCCACUCCAGGACAAAACGGUACCAUCUGCUCAAGAGAUAGGACCCAAUCCCCCUGAGGGCCAUCCCAGUGAUGCCAAGGUCAGCGAUGGUGACAAGGAGGGUCUGGCAGUUGGCCGUGUUAAAUGGCAGAAGAGAGAUCCUGCAGAACGAACACAGAUGAUACGUUGGUAGGUCUGGCAUGCCGUGGAAUGGCCCUUUCUUGAAUCCCAACUGAUUAGGAUCGAGCAGCCUGUCCUUUGGAAGAAAGGAAGAGACUUGGUUAGAAUCGGCACACGUUCCAGAGUUUGGGACAGAAGAGGAGAGGAGAGACACAAGCAUGUAAUUACCUAUGUGAGAUGCAAGAGUGGCGUACUUCUUGAGGAUGACGAUCACCCAAAGAACUUGAGAAGUCCGAUUCGACAAGGGGGCUGCAGAAGUGUGAACUUGGAUGUGUGGAGAUGAGGAGGUUGUGAUUCACUCAGGGGCAGGACAGGCCGGUAGCUCUGUGCUUUCAUUUUCAUCCAUCUUAACCACUAGAAGGCCAAAGUCCCAAACAAGCUCUCCAUGACCAAACGAAUUUACUUUGUACCUUUUAAUAUACAGUAAGCUGAAUAACUUUGAUAAGCAAGUCUUUUCUAAAUGAUGCUAUAUGCCAUUAUCUGUUUCUGCUUAUGGAAUAUUAUGUUAACUGUUGCUUUAUUACAUGACAAUAUCUUAUUGAAUAAAAUACUUUAUACUUCAA